UGCGUGACCUUGGGUUUGCCUCCCCGAAUGCGCCCGAUAGAUGUGCGGUGCGGAUACUGCGUAGCGCCGGGGGUCGCGGUCCCUGGCGGCUUCCUGCACGGAUGAGUGCUUGGGAUUCCAUGUGUUUUUGCUGAACUUGUAAAGGAGACACCUGGAUGGUGGAUUAACACGAACCUGUGGGCAGCCUCAUAGCUGAGAACAUUGGAUUUUCACCCUAGUCCAGCAGCUCUGCUGCUCACAUAGAUACAGAUGAAUGAAGACCCCAUUCGGGAAGACACCUGGCCAGCGGUCCAGAGCUGAUGCAGGCCAUGCUGGAGUAUCUGCAAACAUGAUGAAGAAGAGGACAUCUCACAAAAAACAUCGGACCAGUGUGGGACCAAGCAAGCCUGUGUCCCAACCCCGGCGGAACAUCGUAGGCUGCAGGAUCCAGCAUGGGUGGAGAGAGGGCAAUGGCCCUGUUACCCAGUGGAAGGGGACUGUCCUGGACCAGGUGCCUGUGAAUCCUUCCCUGUAUCUUAUAAAGUACGAUGGAUUUGACUGUGUUUAUGGACUAGAACUUAAUAAGGAUGAAAGAGUUUCUGCACUGGAAGUCCUCCCUGAUAGAGUUGCAACAUCUCGGAUCAGCGAUGCACACUUAGCGGACACAAUGAUUGGCAAAGCAGUGGAGCACAUGUUUGAGACAGAGGAUGGCUCUAAAGAUGAGUGGAGGGGGAUGGUCUUGGCACGAGCGCCUGUCAUGAACACAUGGUUUUACAUCACCUAUGAGAAAGACCCUGUCUUGUACAUGUACCAGCUCCUCGAUGACUACAAAGAAGGCGACCUCCGCAUCAUGCCUGAUUCCAAUGAUUCGCCUCCAGCAGAAAGGGAGCCAGGAGAAGUUGUGGACAGCCUGGUAGGCAAGCAAGUGGAAUAUGCCAAAGAAGACGGCUCGAAAAGGACUGGCAUGGUCAUCCACCAAGUAGAGGCCAAGCCCUCUGUCUAUUUCAUCAAGUUUGAUGACGACUUCCAUAUUUACGUCUACGAUUUGGUGAAAACAUCCUAGAUGUCAUCACAAACUUUGCCAAAUUUGUGGAACUAUUAAAUGUAUAAUUUGUAGACAUAAAGACUUGAUUGCUU